CGGACGUACACAGAAGUGCAGUGAAAAUGAACCGGUUAAUCCAAGGAAGAGUGCUACUGAAAAGUGUCGCCAGUAAUGCGCUCAAAUCGAACCAAUGGCGAACGAUAGCCACGACGAUCAACCGCCCGCAAUCAACUGGACCGGAUGGCGCACCACAGCAUUAUGACAUAAUCAUCGUCGGUGGCGGUAUGGUGGGCACGGCGCUCGCGUGCGCCCUCGGGAAAAAUAGUCGGCUGCAGGACAAGCGCAUACUGCUGCUCGAGGCAGCACCCGGCUUUAAGGAACCGUCUGCCGAGCAGUACAGCAAUCGGGUGUCGGCGAUCAGCAAGGGCACGUACCGGCUGAUGCAGAGCAUUGGCGCGUGGGAAGAGAUCGAGCGGACGCGGGUGAAGCCGGUGCUGAAGAUGCAGGUAUGGGACGCCUGUUCCGAUGCGCUGAUCACGUUCAACUACGACGACCUGUCCGAGAACAUCUCCUGGAUAGUGGAGAACGACGUGCUACUGGCCAGCGUCUACCGUCAGCUGCAGUCGGUACCGAGCGUCGAGAUACGCUACGCGUCCAAGCUGGCCAGCUGCGAGCUGAUCCGUGACGGUGCGGAAAAGAGCACGGUGCAGCUGGCCAGCGGCGAGCGUCUUUGCUGUGAUCUGCUGGUCGGUGCCGACGGUUACAAUUCGCUGGUGCGAAGGCAGAUGGGUGUACACAAUUUCACGCUGGCCUACAACCAGAUGGGCGUGGUGGCAACGCUCCGCCUGGCGCCGCCGCGGACGGCGGACAACGUGACGGCGUGGCAGCGCUUCCUGCCGACGGGACCGAUUGCGCUGCUUCCGCUCAACGACGAGAUGAGCUCGCUGGUGUGGUCGACCGGUGUGGCCGAGGCGAAACAACUCCUACAGCUCGACGCCACUGCAUUCGCCAGUGCGGUCAAUGCCGCCUUCAACAAACCGGUACCCCACAACUCGCUGGUGGACGAUGUGAUGAAGAGCGUGCACACACUGAUCAAAACGACCACCGGCGGCCAGCGUUUCGAGUCCGCGCCCGUCGUGGAGGCGGAAGUGCCGAACUCCCGGGCCGCAUUCCCACUCGGGCUGGGACACACAAGCACCUACGUUGGUCAGGGCGUCUGUUUGAUCGGCGAUGCCGCCCAUCGGGUGCAUCCUCUCGCUGGCCAGGGCGUCAAUCUCGGCUUUGGCGAUGUGCAGGCGCUUACCGACAUGCUGGCGAGCGCCAACUACGCCGGGCUGGGCGUCAACAACCUCAACGAGCUGGUUAGGUACGAACAGCAGCGGCUGAAGCACAAUCUGCCCGUUCUCCUCACGACGCACAGCCUCCAACGGCUGUACACGACCGAUUUUGUGCCAACCGUAGCACUCCGCAGUAUCGGUCUCACCCUAACGAAUGCACUCCCGCCGGUCAAGAAAUUCCUCAUGAACUUUGCAAUGUCGUAGGAACAAUUUUAAAAUGAGCUAUGGGGAGGCACAGAUGCGAUGAAUUCAUUUCCCAUUUAUAAUCACCGAAAGGCUUAGUUAAUAAAGUUAAUUUGUAACGAAUUGUUUCAGUAAGUAGCUUAACCCUUGAUUAUAUGUAAUAACAAUACGGUGAACCCAAAUGAUUGAACCAACCAAUAUAUUCAGGUAAUUUCAGCCACUAUGGCUUAAUUUAUUGCACAAAAAGAAAUAAAUCAUAUU